GGAAGGUCCAGAAGAACCCUAAAACCCUCGUCGCUUCUCUCUCCUUCCCACGGCCAUGGCGUCGCGCCUCCGCUCCUUCUCCCGCCCCGCCGCCGCCUUCCUCCGCUCCGCCGCGGGACGGAGCCCCGCCGCCUCCCUGCCCCGGACCCUCGCUCCCGUCCCGAGGGCGUCGUCCGUGGGGCGGCUGCUGGGGCUUGCGCGGUCGCUGCAGCCGCUGCACAGCACGGUGGCGGAGGCGCGGCUGACGUCGCGGCUGGGGGCGGAGGUGGCGCGGGCCGUGUCGCAGGGUACGCUCUGCAGCUCCUUCCCGGGAGUCUGAGUCUGAUAUCAUCAUCUAAUCUUUGCAUCCUGCCUAUGUAUCUAGAUGUUUUUGCUGCAGGACAACCUGAAACUCAUGAUCUCCUGGAUGUCUUGCAGAGACGGGUCUCAGCGUGCCUCGAUAACGAAAUAUUACUCCGGUGCAACCGCAGCAGACUUUCUAAGCCUUUGUUCCCUUCAAUAAUUAGUUUUAUUAUUGUGGACUGCUGUGUUAUUCAGGGAUAUCCACAAAUAUGAUACGCAUAUGACCUCACAUCUUACCUGGAAGCAACUGAACUUUUGGGGGGUUUUUUGCAUUCAUAUAAGUUCAAACGUUUAUCUUUUGUAAAGAAUCUGGUUGAAUUGGACCAACUACUGCCUGUUUCGUCCAUGUUAGAGCAAAAUUUACUUUAUAUUAGUAUGUGCUCGAACCUGGCUAUGAUUUGUCUUACCUGUGUUUAUAUACUACUAUUACAUUGCAGUUGAUAUGUUUGUGGUUCGGUAUACCUCUGGGAUCUUAAGUUGCUGCGUGUACAUGAGACAUCAUC